GUCGGCUGAGGGAAGAUCCUUAAUGUGCUUGUGGACUACUUGGACUUCUCGAUGCGUCUUGACGAAGUGGAGUACGGUAUUGCAUACUGAGGGGUGUAUCCAUCCACGAUGCGUUUCGCGAGAAAGGGGUAACUGUUCGUUUCUAGGCAGUUGUUCUGGGGGACUUCUGUAUAUUUAACACUACUUUGGUAGGUGGGAAGAGGAAGAAUGAAAGAGGUCUUCCAACGGAGCGGUCGUAAACAUGAACGGUGCCCUUUACAUUUCGUUUUUCCAAGGUCAGCUGGAGUCCGCGCUGGAGCAGGUAGUGCAGCUCGCCGUUCAGGAAAUCACCAAGACUGUUGGGGCCACUUUGAAUUCAAUGCUAUUGGAAACGGCCACCAAAGAGCAAGAAAAUCAGCGUUUAAGGGCGACCCUUCAGUCUCGUGGAGGGAACGGGAAUAGCAAUGCGUCUAAGAGAAAAACAGACACGAACGAUGAAACAAAGCAACACGCCCCCAGUCAAAGCCCUGAAUGUGGCGUUCAAUCUGAAACGCUCAGGCGUGAACAGAAAGCGCGAGCAGUUGGUCAGUUAAAAUCUGUUAUGGAACAUGUGCUGGAAUUCGCCGUUUGUGAGCUGAGUAAAAUCGCGGAAGACAGCUUUGACGACCUGCUCUCGGAGUUCACCAAGAAGGAGCGGGAAAACCAGAUAUUAAAAGAGCAGUUACAGGACAAGAACAUAGUGGAGGACAGUGAUGUGCUUGCUGUGGAAACGGAGGACCGCGAAAACGACUCUGCCUCUCCUAGCAGUUCCAAAGCGGAAAAGCAAGAGUCGAAAGGCCUGCAGGACCAAUCGCACAAAAAAGAGUGGGAAAAAACUGAAACCACAAAUGAACCAGACAAGCAGACUGUCAUUGCAGUGGCUCAGGACUGGGUGCCCAUCCUGGACAAAGUCUUCGGGCAGAAGUGGUGCAGUGACCUCUGGCAGUUCAAAGAGGUCACCACCAGUAAAGAGGAGCGCACUGGGCUGAGCUCGGGCUCGGUGACCGACAUGGACAGCUUAAUUCGGGAGACGCUCAUGCCGUCUUGCCUGGCCACUCAGAGGAAGUUAUACAAGCUAUCCCCGUCAAUGUUGCAAAGACUCCUGACGCUUCCUUCCCAGCUUCUUGAGGAUGACGAUGAGUCCAUGGAUGCCGUUCCCAGUAUGGAAGUGUCCACAGAUCCGGCUGAUUUGCAAGUCGGUAAGGGCUCAAUGAGUGACCAGAUGAAUAAGAAAAAGGAAGAGGAGGAUAAUGACGAAGAGGACAACGAAGAUGGCGACGAGACGACGGACAGGACUGAGUCCUUGAAACACAAAGGUAGGAGAAAAUCCCAUGCUUGCAAAGAGUGCGGCAGGAAGUUCAGCCGAGCGCAUCUUCUCAGAGCCCAUCGACAAACGCACGAGGAGACGCCCAACCGAUGCCCACAAUGUGGAAAGAGUUUCUCCCAGUCUUCAAGGCUCCAGGCUCACUUACGGACGCACACGGACAAAACGAUAUGA